UUUUAUUUCCGCCCCUACGGCUAUAGUAAAGGGGUAGAGGUCAUAAAUAUGUAAUGUUUGUUUAGAAAAUGGCGUCUACUAUAAAACGUAUAUUACUAGUAAUAUUUAUCAUACAAAAAUGCACAAUAUCAAAUGGCUCUACACAUUGGAUUGUUACGGAGGACGGAAAAAUACAAGCACAGGCUGACUCUGUUUACAACCUUAGACGCCCUUAUGACUUAGUUGCAUUCAUGAAACAAGAAGAUCGUGCAACUAUGCUAAACACCCUGAAAAAAGAAUUGUUAAGUAGAAAAGAUGAAAUAGACAAAAAUGAAGAUAGAGAUACAGGCUUAGAACAAAAAUUUUACAAAACCAACCCAGACUGUAUAGAGGCAGGAAAACCUUUACCAGAGUUUGACUUGUACAUCAGCACAGUUCUGCCAUUAGAAAAUAAAGGAAUUAGGCCAGAUGAACACAUUGAUAUAAAUCUCUCUCCAAGUCCCUAUCCGAAACCUCCAGAAUGUACAGCUUUUAUGGAUCUAGAAUUUAGUAUUCAUGCUUUUGAACAUCUUGAGGGAAUGAAAUCCAGACAUAACUUAUCUGGCACACCAGAACUUGGACUCAAAAAUGCUAUCACUCAUAAAGAAAAUGUGGACGACUAUGGCCAUUUGGUGUAUGAAGCCUUGAACAAAAAUAAAACUUCCUGGAUACUCUACAACAUGGCUGCUUUUUAUUGGAGAAUAAAGGGUAACCCCUUUCAAGCUGUGGAGUGUAUUAGAAGAGCUUUGCAUCACUCCCCAAGACAGCAGAAGGAUGUAGCACUGAUCAGCUUAGCAAAUAUUCUCCAUCGUGCUAGAUUUUCCAAUGAGGCAGCCAUAUUAGUCCAUGCAGCUCUGGAGAUGUCCAAAGAGUUGAAUGUAAACCAUUUCACACUUGGGAAUAUUUACGCAGUUUUGGGAGAGUACAAUAAAUCAGUAAUUUGUUUUGAAAACACAUUAAAAAUUCAGCCAGAUUUUGAAGCAGCCUCUAAAAGACGGCAUGCAGUUCUUUGUCAUUCAAAGCUAGAGAUGGCCUUAGAGGCCCAGCACAGAUCACUACAGAGGACAUUGAAAGAUCUGAAAGACUAUCAAAGAAAACAUGACCUCUACCAGACUCAGAGUGAUAAACUGUUGGCAGAGCAGGUACCCCAUGAAGUCAAAAUCUCCCAACAUUUGGCGUAUGAGCAGCUAAAGAUAAAGGAGAGAUCCUCCGAUAUGGAUGAGUUCUGCAGGAUGGUAGAUAGAGAUGGCAAACAAGUUCUAUUGUGUACAUGGAGUAGGAGGUCCCCCACUCUGGACUUCAACUUUGCUUUUUUGGAAGAUACCCCAGAAAAAGCUAAAGAAGAGAACAAAUCAGAGCAAGUGACGGAAGUUAAAGACAACCCCAAGAGUCCAGACUAUAGUCAGCCUGUAAAGGCUCCGAUCUACUCCAAGUACAAAAAACAUAAACCAUCAGAAGCAGAUGUGUACAUGCAGCCCAACUGGCCCAGGAAAGAUGAAUGUGACUCUAUGGUGAAAAAGGUCCCUGACCCAAGGAAUUUAACAACAGUCUACUUGUCACCAGAAAACAAAGGAUUUGAGGUCAAAGAACUGUUGACUGAAGCUCAGGGCCUGGAGCCUGGCGGGGAGCAUCCACUGCCCUGGUACCCACCAUCUUGCGUGCCCUUGAUGGAGCUGGCUGAAGGCAACCCUGCAGUGUACGACCACCUCAAAUCUGUCAGCUAUUCUGAGAGGUCUAGGAUUCCACUCAAGUACAAUGAUCUUUCUAUGAAAGAGAUUUUGCUGAAACAUGUCAAUGAUGGUGUUGUCACUGAGGAAGAAGUGGGACAGAGAAUUUUGACUGCACUAAAGCAGAACAUAGGCCCACAGUGGAUCCUCUACAACUUGGCUGGGCUGUACUGGAGAAUCAUUGGCAACAACUACCAUGGCAUAGAGUGUAUUCGUAGGUCCAUCUACCUUAGCCCUGCCCAGUAUAAAGAUGUCCCUCUUGUAAAUUUAGCCAACAUCUUGUACAGAUAUGGACGCUAUGAUGAUGCUAUCAUUAUCAUGAGGGAUGCUCUUCAUGUGAAUGAUGCAGAGCCUUCAUCUCAUUUCUUUUUGGGCCAUCUGCUGUGGGCAACACGCAACUACACUGGAGCUGCCCACCACUAUCACGAGGCCCUGUCAGCUGACCCCACCUUUGUUGGAGCACUGGAUGCUGUUCGAGCCAUGAAAUGCUACCUCAAGUUUCACCACGCUGCGCAGAGUGCUGCACCUCAGGAAUCUCCUGCCAACAGCCAGACCAACUGUCAACAAAAACCAGCGGAAACAGAGAGCCGAGUUAUCUGUAAAACUGAAAACAAUGAAGAGAAGUGUAUCAUUGAGACACGUUCCCGCAACAGGGUUGCAGAUUGUAAUGGCCAGUGUACCCAAACAUGCACAAUCACUCCAAUCAAGGUUGAUGGGUGCAGUGGUGAUGUUAAUCUAGAGAAUACCAUUAGGAAAAGUCUGUGUGGCUGCAAGCUGAAAUUUGGUCAUUGUUCUGGCAAGGGAGGUAAACCAUUCUCAACAGACCAGGAAGACAUGCUUUUCUCAACAGAUUUCACCAGUAAACUAGACGAGGUGAGCCAGUACUAUGAGAAGAAAGGGCUUUGUGAAGGAGAUGAAUGCAGCCACCUUCGUGUUCAGUGCCUUCUCCCUAUGACAACACACUCUGGGCUCAUAGCACAUGUUAUCACUCCUCCAAAACUGUUUGUACGACCUGUUGCGUACCAUGCUGCGCAGUGCCCGGGUAACCAGAAGCCUCACACCAAGCUGGAGUAUGUGGAGGGUGUCCUCAAGCAUCAGUUCAUAUUCCUUCAAGUUUCUCCAUCAGAGAUGCAGAUUGACGCAGAUGACUGUGUUAUCUUUAAUGAUGGCACCAAGUCUGUGGGCUGUAACAGAGAGGAGUUCAGGACCUAUGCUGAUGAAAUUGAAACUGUGUGGGUGGAGCCGGGUUCCACGAUUGAAUACUAUGAGUAUGAAGAAGAAGAAGAGGAUCGGGAACUUCAGGCCCUGAGGGAGUGGGGGCUGGAUUAUGAUAAGGAAACACCUUUAGAAGCAACACCUUUAAAAUCAACACCUCUAGAACAGAAACCAACGCAGGAGAAACCGCAGGAAACGUCAGAUUCUCUCACCCAGGCAGUCAGAGAAGAUGCUGUCCAAGCCCCACCGUUUUUGUCUGAUUUUAAGUUUCGAAGUCCAGAACCACCUGCCCAUCAUUCAAAGCAUUCCAGUGUUGAAGACUUUGAGUUGCCAGAUACACAGGUUAACUUAAAAAACCUAGCACAGCUAAACUGGCAAGUUGAGGACUGCACUGGUGAGGAGUUGGUGGACUUUGAACACAGCACAAGUACCUGGCUAUGUCCAACAGCUAAAGGAAUAAACAUUGGUGAGCACAUAGAUUUCAGCACCCUGUUGAAACAUGAACACAAGGAUCCAUACUGCCAGACAGACCAGGUUUCCCCCAUCAGGUCCUUUGACCAUUUGCCUGGUGUUACUCUCAAGGCGGAUUCUACUCUGUUACCUGAAGAAGCUUUAACCAAGGUUCUUCAAACAAUUGGAGGUGAGAUGGAACCAAACACUGUCAUUGGUACCCGUAUAGCGGAAGCUAUGUCACGGAACUCAACAUCUUGGGUGGCCUAUAUCUUAGCCUCUCUCUACUGGAGGGUGGAAGGAGAAGCACAACAGGCGCUGGACUGUAUCAGAAUGGCCCUCACCUACGUGCCACACCAGUUCAAGGACACCUGCCUGAUUAGCCUGGCUAACAUUCUCCAGCACACAUCUUUCACCACUGAUGCUAUUUUAGUGACCAGCGCAGCUCUGGGUGUUGACAACAGAUUGUCUGUGUCCCACUUCACCAUGGCCAACCUUUAUGCCACCAAGUCUGACUGGGACCACGCCACCCUAUUCUACCAGUCAACACUUGGGUUACAGCCCACUUUUGAGCCAGCCAAGGAGAGACUCAAAGCCAUUUUGUGUAGGGGAUUGGCUAAGCAGCAAUCUGGAGUUAUCAUAGACUAAAUCAUUCAAAUACUUUUUAUUGUCAUGUGAAUUACCAAAUCAGAAAUGUGUAUGCAUGAUGAAAAAAAAAUGUGCCAAAAUGACAUCAGUUUUUAAAAAUAAUUUUUUUUUACUUUUUAAAUUUUUAUGGGAAACCAAGGCUAUUUUUAAUUUCUUCAAUUAUUUACAUGUUUUAAAAGUGUGCACAGCUUGAUCAUAGUUCCAUCAACAUGCCAGAACAAAUGCUGGUAGCAUCCAUCCACUUUUUCUUGUGAUAACUAUUUAUUUUUUUUACCUGUACUAGGAUUUUAAAAUAAAUUAAUGAAUUUAC